AGACGUCUUGUCCGGUCCUGUUCCUGUCACUCACUCGUCAUUAUUCUAUGAAAUUUGGAUUUGGGUUGUAAUGUAUACUUGGAUUACUUCCUGAAAAACUGGGAUUCUUGUUUCUUUAUAAAGUCAAAAACAAUAUUUAUCCAGUGCGUAUUAAGUGUUAAUAUCGAGAGUGACAGGUACCAAAGUCGGCGAAAUUUGUCGAAAAAACUCUUCAGCACAAAGCGCAUUUUGCGCGGGAAUUCUGUUACGGACAAUAAGCUGUUAUUUUACUGAAAUUCAUAUCUGUAGCGUUAUUCGGAAAAUGACGGAUGCUUUGUGCCAUAUAGUAGUGGACGGCAAUGAGGUGCUGGAGCUAAAAUUAGUGAGAUCUCCAAAAGAUAUUGAAAGCGAUGAAACCAGUUUUAGCUCUGAGAUGUGUCACCAAGUGUUUGGGGACAAUGAGAAUAUAUUUGGUUACACAGACUUACACAUCAAACUUUACUACACUGCUGGCAGCCUUCAAACAUAUCUCGGCAUUGAAUACACAGACAAGAUUGAGCCCAGUACAUAUGAGGGUAUGAAAGCUGAUGAUGUGGAGGGAGCUCUGAAAAAAGUUUUGGCACCAGGUUAUGUGACUAAUUUGGACAACUUUGUGUCUUUGUUGGCUAAAGAUGAAUCGUUUUUACCAUACGGUCAACUCAUUCACAAAUUCUCAUUGUUGCCACGCCACGGUGGUGACAAGCGCCAGUUUGAAGUAUAUUACAGUGAAACCUCUACUCCCAACUUCUUAAGUUUCCACCAACGCCUGCAGACAUUCCUCUUGUGGUAUGUUGAUGCAGCAUCUUUCAUAGAUGUUGAUGAUGACCAGUGGACAUUUUUCACAGUAUAUGAGAAGUACGGAGUGAGCGAGGGUGGAUGGCGCUAUGCGACUGUUGCGUAUGCGACUGUAUACCGCUACUAUGCGUACCCCCGACACACGCGCCCGCGUAUCGCGCAGGUUCUCACACUUCCGCCAUUCCGCAAACUUGGCAUCUGUGCACAACUUUUACAGGCUAUAUAUUCACACUACAUUCCAUUGCCUGAGGUGCUUGAUAUUACAGUGGAAGAUCCUUCUGGAGAAUUUCAAAGAAUCAGGGAUUAUGUGGAUGCCAAGAAUUGCGAAACUCUGCCAGCUUUUCAACCUGCCAAACUUUUACAGGGGUACAGCAGUGAAAUGGCAAACCAAGCAUGCAACAAGUUCAAGAUCAACAAAAAACAGGCCCGGCGUAUUUAUGAGAUCCUCCGCCUGAAGAAUACUAACACAUCAGAUAAGACUGCCUAUCUCAACUACAGACUGGAUGUUAAAAAUAGACUUAAUGCACCUUUUCAGAAAAAGAAACUUGAAAUGCAGAAAUUACAAAAAUUUCUAAAACCAGAAGAGUACGCGGCGACCAUAAACGCUACAGGACUCAGCAACACCCACAGCCGUUUGGCCAGCGAGUACAUCCCCCUCGAGCAGGAUUACCGCCGAGUCAUCCACCGGAUGGAGUAUUGAUUAUUGGAUUAGCUUAAUCUCGCUGCGCGUUUCUUAACGGUCAAAUGUUGAUUUUUUUUUAUUGCUUCAAAGGUGAACGCGCAACAGUCCGUUGUAUGCGUUAUGAUGUCUCACCAGAAUUUAUGCAUACGAGACCGACAAGAGUUACUUGCAAGGGUACCUAAUGCGUGUUCACCUUAAUUUUUUAUAUUUACACAUCUUAUUUUGGGAAGCAAAAUAUACUCGCGCUGAAGUUAAUGUUCCUUCGCCAAUGCGUGUUAAUUACUAACUAAUAACUUAGAAUAAAUAAAUCAUAUUUACAUUAAAUGGUUUGUAUGAAAUCUGCUGAGAGUACUAUUGCCAGUGAUCUUAUGUACAUUUCUUAUUAUAGUAUGAAACUCUACUUGAAAUUGAUCAUUUCAUUUGAAGUUGUGUAAUGAUAAUUGAUCAUACCUGAGAAAAAUCUGUAAUUAAUUCACCUUUUAUAUUCUCUCCUUUGCUGAUCAUUGUUAAAAGUUACGGGUUAAUAUUAUGAAUAUCGACGACGACGACGUCAUUCUAAAUUACUUGUAUGUUGCUUCUUGCUCUGACAUCUUGUAUGUGGCGUAAGAUUCUGAUUCAUUGAGUAACUGUUGGAUUUUCUCAUCCUAACCGUACGGAAUCGCACUGCGCUUAUUGUGCAACAAAUACUUCGUGUGUUCAUAUAUUUUGAUACGAAAUAAAAGUUAAAGUUAUAUUUUUACAAUUUUCGGAUAAUCAUAAGUACACACUACCAACAACUACAAGCAGUUGCUACUCAAAAUGACCGGCUUUAUUCUUAAUACAAGCUCUUAGACGUUCUAGCCAAUCGUGAGUCUAGCCACGAAUCCUCUCCAGUGGGAUUCGUUUCGCUCUUUUGAUGAAAGCCCGUUUUAGAGAACCAAGUUUUGGUGGGACUUUUGGCUGACCCUGAGCUCCAAUUCAGUCUACAGAGAAUAAAUAGUCAAGUGCCGCGAUGAAGCCCGGUAAAUUUGCCCUUAACCAAGCUCGUGUCGUUUUAACCUUAUAAGCCGGUGCUGGUUCUUGCUGGAAAAUCCAUUCUUUGCUGUGAAAUCAAGUAUUAAACAGGGGUUUUACAAGUCUCUCAAAAUGUCACUUUGAUCAUUUUUUCCUCUCACUUUAACGCAUUCUUGGCAAUAAUAAGAGCGCAGUGACACCUUCACACAAAAUCCCCCGCCAAACCAUCACUCACUUAUAUACACACUAUGAUUUUUAGUAACAUAACCUGCAACGGUUACAGCUCGCUAGUGAGUACCUAUUCGCGUCGUAAUUUAUGAAUGCGAUAAUUUAGGAAGUGAACAUUGCGACUUUACCUUGAGAUCUUAUUUCAGUAUUCUGCCGACUGAAACACUCGAAAUGUUGCUCGGUACAACGAGAUUCUUCUAGGGCGACUUCGCCCUCUGAUUAUUUUGACGUUCGCAGUCGUCCUUGCAGACCGCUGGCGGCCACUCUUGGGCUAUCUUUCAGGGAAUCGGUCUCGUAACGUUUUAUGGUGUAAUAUAAGUUGCGUUUUACCCCAAAACAUUUUAUAUCACGGUAAAAUCUCCAUUGAUUUUUUCUCGUCAUAUUAUUAGCGAAAUUAUAAUCGCACAAAGUAUUUUGUUCCCUCCAACCACUGACCAACCAACAAAUGGACGUCGGGUCUAAUACAAAAACCACGAAAAAAUGUCCGAAGUUAACCUAUACAAGCGUAGUGACAUGUAACGAAAUAUAAAAAACUAAAACUACAAAUAUCCGUAAUUCCGAA